GGAAUACGCACUAAGUCAAUCGUUUUUGUUGAGGAGAUCGGUAAUCUUGAGACAGGUUCCGAAAUCAAUAGCAAGCAGGCACACCGUCCUCGCAACCAUUCUCGCCAUCGCGCGAUCAGCGUUCCGAAAUUGAUAGAGGCCUGGUCGAUCGUAGUCUGGUAACGACACGGGACCUUAUUUCCACUCCUUCCCGCUCAGCUGUAGUCAGACGCGUUAGUUACGCGCGCUGCGAAGCCUAGUACUGGAUUGAUCGCUGCUUCACGUGUCGUUAAUCUCGAGGCGCCUCAAGAAUUGAAGCCUAGUACUGGACUGAUAGCUUUUUUAGAGCGCAGCGCGGAACGAGUCACCACUUUUGAGGAUCGAGGGCAAAGGACUGGACUGAUAGCUUCUUUUCUGUUAUUUGAGGCGCUUCGCUGUGUUUCAACUCAUUUGAUCCGAUUUUUAACCGGCCGUCAAAUUCUCGCAAUGGGCGGAUUGACCGCCGUUGAUCAGCGGGCAUCGGACGGUGGUCCGGUGCUGGAGCCCGGGGAGGAGGGCGAACCGGGGGAGGUUCUUCUGCAUUCCCAGCCCGACGUGGGAUUGGUCCUUGGCGAGUCUGACGUGGACGAAUCAGGGAGCUUAUACAUCACAUCCAAGCGUGUGGUGUGGCAGUCCUCGCUGACCCCUCGCGGCGUGGCGGUCAGCCUAGUAGACCUGAGCAUGCACGCCAUAUCCAGAGACCUCGAUGCAUACCCCAAGCCCUGCAUCUACACGCAGGUGGACAGUGGCGAUUGGGAAGACGAGGAGGAGGACGAGGAAGAGGAAGAGGAAGAGGAAGGAGAAGAAGAGGGGGAAGGGGGAGCAGGGGCAGCAGAGCAGGCAAACCACGUAGGUGGUUCGGGAGGAGGGGCGGGAGGGAGAAGAGAGGGCGAGGAGGACGAAGAGAUGAGGGAGGCGGAAGGGGAGGCAGUGGGAAGCGAUGCGCCCGCUGCUGCUUCUGCUGGUACUGGUGGUGCUGCUGGUGGUAGUGGUGGUGCUGCGGCUGCUGCUGUGGGGAAUGGGAAUGUGGCACACGUCUUCGAGCAUCUGUCGCUUGUGUCUGAGAUGCGGCUCGUGCCAAGAGACGAAGCGGCUUUGGAGGCGAUUUUCAAGGCUCUGUGUGACAGUGCUGCGCUGAAUCCCGACCCAGAGGGAGCGGAGCAAGAGGGGGAGGGCGAGUGGUUCUAUAACGAGGAUGAAGUGUUGCGCAAUGCACGGAUAGUGUUACCUGAGGGAGAUCCGGGGCAGUUUGAAGAUGCGGAUGAGGAGGACGAAGGAGAGGAGGAGGAGGGAGCAGGUGCUGCUGCUGGGUCAUAGUUUGGUGGUGGGGGGCAGGUGUUACCCGAGGGAUCGGGGGCAGUUUGAGCGUGCGGAUGGGGAUGAAGAGGAUGGCGACGAGGGAGCGACAAGGAGGAGGGAGCAGGUUCUGCUGCUGGGCCAUAGAAAUUCUUGAGGAGCCUCAAAGCACUGCUGCUGGGGCAUAUCCUCCUUUAGAUGCACCCCAAGUCGCUUGGCUAAGCAACUCUACCAGUAUGUUUGGCGAUAUUUAAGCCAUCGGCUAAAAUAGCCCUCUUCAGCAUGCGUACUGGCUGAGGCUCUUAUAAUGAUGCAAAUUUCAAGCAGAGGAGGAACCAUACGAAAUGGUGGUACCAGCAAGGUAAUAUUUGAGUUCAGUAGGAAGUGUUUUUCCCUCUUCUACUUUUGCCACGUAUUGACAUAUGGUGUGU